UCCGCCUCCCCUGCACAUGUCGCGCCGCCUCCACGCCAGCAAAAACCCGACCUUUUUGCCUCCGCUGACGCACAUCCAGAAAAAGCCGCCUGAUCCACACGUGUGGUCCGUUCCCACCAGUCCCAUCCGCGUCGAACCCACAACCCAGCGUCGCGCAAUCACCGCCACGAAAAUACCGCGUUAUUCUUAGCAGCGCGGCGCGCUGGAGGCAGUACCCGAUACCCAUGGUACAGAAAUAUAGAAAGUACCGGCUUACAUCACAAUCUUCCGCGAACAGCGGUCGAGCAGUGAUCAUCUUCGCGCUAUUUUCGCGCAUUCGGUCGCCGCCGUCACUUGGAGGCGCAUCGCGAAUCAGUUCAGUGCUAGUGCGGCCCUUAACCCAGUAACUGGCUCUGGGUCGGAGGUGCUAAAAUUAGAAGACGACCGCUGGAGUCGGCGAAAUUCGGUCAGCUUAGACGAUGCACAAGAACUCGGCGCCGCCACCGUACAGCCCGCCCCCGUCGGCGCCCCCCAGCUACGCGCAAGCCGUCGGGGGUGUGCCGCCCACGAGUCCCUUCGUGCCGCACCAUACGUUUAUGAAAGGACCUCCGAUCCUGACAACCGUGGUGCCGGUUGGUCCUGAUCCAACGCAUAUGAUUUGUCCUCACUGCCAUGCAGAAAUAGACACUACGACAUAUACGAGACCAGGGAACAUCGCAUACAUUGCUGCCACAUUAAUUUGUCUGAUGGGAUGUGCCUUCGGAUGCUGUUUAAUCCCCUGCUGCAUUGACGGUUGCAUGGAUGUGCAUCACCUCUGCCCCAACUGCAAAUCCUACCUUGGAAAAUUCAGAAGAUAAAGAUUGAGUGCGAUAUUUUUUGGAUGAGUUUUACUUGUAUAGUCAUUAUUACUCAUAUUAAUGUGCUACAUAUUUGUCAUUAAUACUCGUUAGGGGUUUUGUAACUCAUGUAUUUUUGUAUAUUAUUUAUUUUAUAUUUCUCUCUCUUGUCUUUGUAGCUGAUUUUGGGCAUACUAGUGCGAGGUGUUUUCGUAGCACAACAUUCCUGAGCUGACUUUCAUGACAAACCAUUUCUACUUUUUUAUUUUUUGAUAGGGCUUCAUUUAGACUUCUCAUAGAAUUUGGAACUCGACUAGUUUUGGAUUUUGUACUGUUGACGUUUGAUUGACUAUUAGUAGGGUCAAGGUUUUGUGCAAUAAACUUCCGAUAGAAUCAGCUAAAGGGCGACCUGUAGCCAUAAUUUGUAAAAAUAUAAAUAUUGUACAUUUUAUAAAUUAUUUACUUAAGUAA